AUGAGUUGCUCGUGGGAGCUCGGAAGAGGACCGGGACACAAGGGGCGAUUGACACACGCCUCGCCGAUCGCGGCAGAAGUGGACGCCAUGACGCCGUGCGCCCGUAUAGUUGCCCUCCUGGCCUUCCUGAUGUUGACCUUCACACGACAAGGAGGCGCCCUCCGUUGCUACAAGUGCUCGGACUACACGGGCCGAUGCGAACGCGUCCAAGAGUGCACGUACGAGGACGCCUGCCUAACCAUCGGCGUACAAGGCGGCGAGACGGUGCGCCAGUGCAUCCGCUUCACGGACUGCGACAACUCUCGUCUGUCUCAGAUGUUCCCGUCCGUGGCGUCGUCCUUCUGGUACCGCUGCUGCAACAACAACCUGUGCAACUCCAGCGACGGCGCCCCGGGCCCGACUCGGCCCUCCGCGCCGUUGCUCGUGGGCUGGUUGCUCGCCGUCUCCGCGGCUUGCCUGUGA